ACAUUCUUCUUCUUUGCUGUUCCCCACUCUUGUUACUUCUUCUGGGGAAUCUUUCUAAGCCCAAUUUGGCUAACCAUACUUUUACUAAGGCUUGUAUAUUUUGGUUACAACUGGUUAAGGUAAUUCGUCAGUCAUUUUUCAUUUUCAAAACGACAAAAUGUCGAUGCUCACAAAGUACUUUUUUAGAGAAAAAUACUACGAUCAAAAAUUGCAUUUUCCACAAGGUUUCAGAGUUUCUGACGAAACGAAGAAGCAAAUCGCCCUUUGGAAUGACAUAAUUCAAUUUAAACACAAAGAUGAUAAUGAUGAAAUUUUCUGUAAUGAUCCACUUUUGAUAGUCGAAUAUAACCAACCAGGCCUCGCCGCCCGAAAUCUUAGGGAACUUGACGUCGCCAACGUAAUUAGGGGUACUCAAAAUUAUAUACCCAUCGCAUUCCCAAGGGUACAUCCACCCCAAUCCAACUCUGUUAUUGCCUUUAACAGCAUGCAAACGUUGGAUGACGCUGUCGUACAAUUAUUUGAACGUUACAGUAACUUCACACAAGGAACAAAUCAUCCUACUAUUGGAAGAAUCUACGUGGUUGAAUUUCGAAGAGCGAAUACUUUCGAUGUUUCAGAAAGACGACGAGUCUUUAAUUGACGUUUGCUUUUUCUGAGAUAAUGAUUGAUUUGCAUUCACACGCUUUUCAAAAA